ACAUGAAAUAUUUGCACCAUAUUUGUGCUAUUACUAUAAUAUACUGAUGUGGUCUGAGUAAAAACAAAACUAUCCAGCAAAUUAAAAGGCAGGUUAAAUAAAGUAGUAGUAGUAAAAACAAAAAAAAACAGACGCAUCCAGACCAACAGGCGGCGGUAGACAAAGGAGCUGACCCCCAAAUAAUGAAAAGAGACGUCGAUGAGGCUCAACAACACCUUGUGUGCGUUUGAAUGAUCUGAGCCGAGGCUCCGCGGUGCUGAAGGGACAGCUCCUCCGCCCUCUGACAUCUGCAGACAUGUUCACCAGGAUGUUAAAACUGAGACUUCUCAAUGCUGUGGCACCUGCAUACUUCUUUAUGGCUACAGCAGUCACCUUCAUUUUGCACUUCUGCUUCUUCAUCCCAACAAUUUUCCCAAACCCGGACACAUCACUGACGGCGUCUACAACUCUUCACACGGUUGUCUUCCUUUUCUUGAUGUUCAACGCGUUGGGAAAUUACAUAAUGACUAUUAAAUAUCCUGCUGAAAGUGCCAAUGAGACUGCAGUUCCGGUGUGUUCACCGCACUGCUCAGACAAAGUGGACGCCCACUACCUCCUAAACGGUCGCCACUUCUGCAAACUGUGUAAGAAAGUUAUUCUCAAGCGGGAUCACCACUGUUUUUUCACAGGAAACUGCAUUGGCAACAAAAACAUGCGCUACUUCAUCAUGUUCUGCAUCUACACGUCAUGCACUUGUUUAUACUCCUUGGUUCUCGGUGUGGCCUUUCUAACAGUGGAGUACUCCAUCUCCUUUGAGAACCCACUGACCUUCCUGACUCUUCUCCCCCUGUCCACUGGUUACUUCUUCAUGGGAACAAUCUCAGGCUUGCAGUUGUUCCUGGUCCUGAUGCUGUAUGUGUGGUUGGGCAUCGGCCUGGUCUGUGCAGGUUUCUGUUGCCAGCAGGUGCUGCUGGUGGCCCGGGGACAGACCUGGUGUCAGAUGCAGAGGGGGCAGCUCGUGGAAAACCGCAGCCCCUGGAGAAGCAACCUUAAGGAUGUGUUUGGUACCCGCUGGAUCCUUGGCCUUAUCAUGCCUGUGCAGACAGUGGAGAUGUGCUCUGAAGACACAGAUGGACAUAAACAAGACUGAGCGAUAACCACGUCAUAUUGAUAGCUCCAAAUAGGUUGUAAAAAAACGCUUUCUUGGGAUCCAUGUGGCCAUUGAUUUUAAAUACUCAAUGGAUGCUUUAUGACCUUUAAAGUAGUCCAUGAAAUAGUUAGCUGUUAGCACACAUUCCUUUAAGGACAGGAGCCAUAUAUCAGUGUGAAAAUUUUGAAUAAGUUCAUAGUGUAAUUGUAUCCUAUAAGUAAGUAGCUUUUGAGAAGGCAAUAUUAGGACUAAUAAGUUGGUCGUUUGGGACAUAAAGCAGUUUUACAUGCACUACUACAUGCAUUUAAAUUAUAAAGAUGGCUUUGCAUAAGUGCAUGCGUCCACAGCUUUGCGUUUUAUAUUAUGCUAUUGAUUUGAAUGCCUCUGAGAUUACCAGUUACACACUCGGUGUUCUUCUUCCACUCUUCCUUGUAGGAUGCUACAAUGUGACAUUCAGGAAACUUAUAGUAGUUUAACAAUAACUUACUUUGACGUUAAGGGCUAGCAGGCAAGGAAACUACAGUAUGUGUCUACAGCGUAAACUGCCAGGCUUGACAACACUGCUCUGACAAUAAACUGUUACAAGUCGAGCCGGAUGUUUUUCUACUCAAAUGAAUGUGACUCAGACAGUUUAAUGAGGCCGCAAUAAUAUGCUCCUUUAUAAGAAUGGGUGGGGGAAAAUUGAAGAUAAUUACUAUAUUAUUAUCCAGGGUAUUAUUCACAAUGUGCCAUAAACUCAUGCUUACAGAUGACCCCAAAGAUGAGAUAUUCACCAAACUGCUAAUGAUAGGGCCCUCUGUGUAACAAUAGUAAGGACUUUUCACUGUUAUGCUGCGGCUACAGCCACUGACAUAUUCAACAUCAUGACAAAGUUUGACAAGACAUGUUUUGGAUUUCAAUAAAUAUACUUUUUAGAGCUAUUU